AUGACAACCCCCCAGCCUUCCACAUCCAAGAGUUUUACGUCAACUCCACUCAAAAAGAGUGGCAGAUGUAGCGUCCCUGAAGUCAAGAGCCUGGAUUAUGAUUCUGCGGGGGAGUCUACGUACUCCCUGCUAUCUCCCAUUUUCCACGACAGCUUUGAUCUUUCAGAUGACGACCAUGGUGCCAAAGAACCCCAACAAAUCCAUGUCAUAACGAAUAAAAUCUCUAAUGUCGCUAUAAGUGACGAUGCAACACCAUCCUCUCCAGGCAGGAAUGGGAUGGAGUCAAGCCAUAUGGAAGGUGUCCAGUCUGGAAACGAGUCCUUCGCACCAAACCUAAGUGCCUGGGAGCAUUGGGUUAUCUGCAAAGCUAAGGAGGAACGUCUCAAAACACAGCAGAAAGCUGUAGAGCAACUUAAAUUGCAGCAGAUGAAGGAACAGCAAGAAAGGGAAAAGCAGCAGAAGCAGGUGGUCACAGAAGUUAAAAUCCAGGAGUGGCUUCAGAGAAAGAGGGAAGAGGAGAAGAAAAUAAAACUAUGCAGGGAGCAGCAAAAAAGCGAAGAAACGCUGCAAAAAAAGCAAAAACAAACAGACAUAGAAAGAAAGUCCCAAGAAAAAUAUAAAGAAUGGCUACAAAAGAAGAAAGAGGAAGAAAUUAUUAAAAAGUUAAGAGAGAAGGAAGAUGCAGACAGAAGAGAACAGCAAGAAAAAGAGCGCAGGGAGAAAGCGGAGGAGAAAUUUAAAGAAUGGCUAAGAACUGUAAAAGACAAAAGACAAACAUCUGUCUCUUCGGCUGGUGGCUAUGACAAUUUACAUUAUCCAUCACCCAGCUUUGUGAAUCCCAUCCCAUGGAAGCCCAUUCAUGUGCCCAAACCAGAGAGAGUCUCAAAGAAGAAGACUGGACGCAGGAGGCCAUCUUCAGAUCACUCCAACUGUCAGGCAACAUCUUAUGUCCAUUAUAAACCCAAGGGCCCUGAUAAAAGACGCUGA